AUGUCUAUUAAAAAAAUUGAUUAUUCACUCUAUCUAGUUACAGAUCGCUCAUUGGUCCCAGAAGGAAAGACCUUUCUUGACCAAAUAGAACAAGCCCUUGAAGGAGGCACUACACUUGUUCAACUACGCGAGAAAGAUACAGAUACGGGGCCAUUUAUUGAAUUCGCGCUUAAAGUCAAAGAGCUUACUCGCCGUUUCGGUGUACCUUUAAUUAUUAAUGAUCGUAUUGAUGUUGCAUUAGCUGUUGAUGCUGAAGGUGUACACAUUGGACAAGAUGACAUGCCAUUAGCACAAGCACGCGCCAUUUUAGGACCUAAAAAGAUUAUUGGUGUUUCUUGUAACAACGAGAAAGAGGCAGAGGAAGCUAUUCGAGGUGGAGCCGACUAUCUUGGAAUUGGUGCUGUCUGGUUUACGUCGACAAAAAAGUUGGUGAAGCAGCCCUUAGGGAUCGAAGGCGUGCAGAGAAUUCUUCGUUCUAUUGAAUCCAAUCCGGUGCCAACGGUGGCUAUAGGUGGUAUCAACACAGAUAAUGCGGGAGAGUUGAUCAAAGGAUCUCAAACGGAUUUCUUGUGCUUGGAUGGUCUUGCUAUUGUGUCUGCCAUUAUGGCAGCCGACGAUCCUAAGGCUACAUGUCAGCAAUUUGCCGAUAUUAUUCAGGCAUCUAAACAGUCAUCCGUCAGCAAAGACGUGACAACAGAGACAGUAAUCAAAUAUGCUAUUCAAGCUAUGAAGAAUAUCAAGUCUAAAGGACCUAUGGUUCAUCACAUCACUAAUUACGUUGUUAUCAAUGAUAAUGCCAAUGCUACUCUAGCUGUGGGUGCUUCACCUAUUAUGUCAACCAAUCGUUCUGAAGUGGAAGAUCUUGCUAAAGUAAACGGCGCUAUGCUGCUGAAUAUGGGAACUUUGAAUGAUAUUGACACGAUGAUCUUGGCAGCACAAGCCAAUACACGACAUGGUAACCCAGUUGUGUUAGACCCUGUUGGAUGUGGAGCGACUAGUUUCAGAAAACAAAUGCUAGCACGAUUUUUAGAUGAAUGUAAGCUGACGGUGAUUAAGGGAAAUGCAGGUGAAAUACUUUCUAUGGCAGGUGCUGGAGGUAAAUCCAAAGGCGUGGACUCAGUUGGGACAUAUGAUGAGCAAAGGAUUAUAGAUGCUGUCAAGUAUCUCGCAAGACAACACGAUUGCAUCAUUGGAUUAACUGGACCAACGGAUUAUGCAUCUGAUGGUGAUCGAGUGAUUGCGAUUGACAAUGGACACCGUUAUCUACCACUGAUCACAGGUAGUGGAUGUAUGGUGUCGUCUGUAGUAGCCUGUUUUGUAGCUGCAAACAAAGACGAUUAUCUCUUGGCUACUGCUGCAGGUAUGCUUACAGUGACCAUUGCUUCAGAGAUCGCUAGUGAGCGAGAGUACGUGAAUGGGCCGGGAACCUUCCGUGCGGCUUUGAUUGAUGAGCUUUUUAAUCUUACAGAUUCACCCGAGAUCAUCAGACAGUACGCUAAGAUUAGAAUUAUUUAA